CGGCCGCCCUCUCUCUCUCGUCACUCUCAUUCUCGCCUCUCUCUCUUCCUCUCGAUCCUUCCACUUCUCUCUUCCUCUUCCAGAAACAAAUCAAACCCUAGCCACCCUCUCUUCUCCUCUUUCUCAUCUCAUCUCUCUUCCACCAUAGACCGAAACCCUAGCCAUCAACUAACACCGCCGCCGCCAUCCUCUCUCUGCUUCGCCCCUCUCUCGCGUUUUGCCCAUCUCCUUCACUCUAAAAAAAAUGAAAACCGAAGGAGAGGGAGGCAGCAAAACUCGACUCCUCCUCUCUACCAUCCGUCGUGGCCGCCCUAUCGCCCGCCGAGGAAUCCGACCACGAUGGACCUAACUCGGAGACUUCCUCCCUAGAUGUUUUGGUUUUGUGCGAGGUGGAAGGGAGAUCGACGACACUCAGACCUCGUCGGCAAGGAUGGCGAGCCUUGCCGCCGGCUAGAAUGGGAGGAUGGCGCCGGCCCCAGAAUCCGCCGGCAACGAACGCGGCGGUGGUUUGACGACGGCUAAGGCCGGUUUUGAAAAAUGGGCAGAUCUAGGUCUCCAGGGUUGGGCCUAAAAUGAGGGGCUGAAGAAAAGAACUAGUCUUUCCUUGUAUAUGUAGAAUUUGUCAUGGCCCAUGUAAUUACUUUUUCCUUCAUAAUUCUCGAUGCAAAUUACGAUGUAAGAAAUCAAUUAGCAAAGUUUAUUUUAGUCUGUACUGAUUCGUGCUCUAUAUAUUGUAAUUUGUAUCAACAUCCAAAAC